UUAUUUUAUCAGCUGACGCACAGUUGUAAAUCGGAUUGCCACUAGCCAGUUUUGGGUCAAAGCUGGCGCGCACUAUUAGCAUUAUUAUUAUUGUACAGCGUAUCAAUAGAGGCAGACAUUGAAUGAGCAACGCAAAACGAAACAUGGAUAUUAUCACACGCCUUUUGUGGUGUCUCGGGUUGGUGAUAACAUUUUCAGGAGUUUGGGCAACUCGAAAAUGCUCCAGAGAUAAUUUGGACAUUUUCAUUGUGCUGGAUGGCUCGAAAAGUAUCCAAGAAAUUAACUUUGCAAGACUUCGGAAUUUCUUGUCAGACAUUGUGGGAGAGUUCAAAAUUGGCGAGUUUGAAAGCCGCGUGGGCUUGAUGCAGUUUAGUAACAAGUUUCGCACAGUCAUCGAGUUUGAUUUUGGAAAACAUAUGACGACCAAGGAUGUCCAGGACAACAUCCAUAAACUUGUACACCAAUAUGGUAAUCAAACAUAUGCUGGGGAUGCUUUGAGACUCGUAAACAAGCAUGUGUUUCCAGGAAAUACCAGUAGCUCUGGACGUCCAGAUUCUGAAAAAAUUUUGCUCUUGGUAACAGAUGGCCAACCACACGACCAAGAUUUGGCUUUAAACGAAGCAUAUGAAUUGAAAAAGAAAGGUGUUCAUUUGAUCACAGUGGGAGCGGGAACAGAGAAAUGGAUAAGCAAGUUGAAGUUAUUCCUCAAUCGUCUUGGAUCCAAACCAACCCACAACCAAAACGGGGACUUUAGGUACUUAUCGAGGCUCACUCAUCAGUUGGUUAAGGACAUUUGCGGAAGCAAAGCAAGACAGCCAGCUCCUCCACACAAGUGUUUUCAGGAGAAAAAUGACAUUCUUAUCCUGAUGGAUGGGUCCAAAUCAAUGACCAAGAGAAACUUCCUUAAAGCACGUUCAUUCCUGCAAGAUUUCCUGUCUCGGGUGGAUAUCGGACCCUCUCGGACUCACGUCGGCGUGAUUCAGUAUAGCGAAAGUCACAAAUCAAGUAUCGAAGUUGCACUUGAUCAAUAUGGCACCGUGGAAGAUCUGAUGGCAGCUGUGGCAAAGAUAAUGUAUCAAGGGGGAAAGGAAGGAGACUUGUUUAACGCUUUGAGACAGGCUGACUUAUUGGUUUUCACGAGCGGCCACGGUGACCGUGUUUCAGCGCCUGAUACCAUUAUAAUUUUCACUAAUGGUAACUACAACAACGAAGGCGUACCCGAAAUGAUCAGAAGACUAAGACAGAAGAAAAUUCGGAUUCUAAGUGUAGGGGUUGGAAAUGGAGGAAAGAUUUACAACCAGGACAAGAUUGAUGCCCUCGCUAUAGGAACUGGUGACGUGUACGACCUUAAAGGGUUAAAAGGGUCAGUGUUUAUCGAUGAUGUCACCCCAACCACCUGCAAAAUGACCACUUGCACCUCAGCUGCUCCAGAAUGCUCACCAGAAAAUCAAGACAUCAUUUUCCUUGUUGACGGCUCAGCCAAAAUUGACGCGAGAUAUUUUCGACUGGCGCAGAGAUUCAUUAAACGUCUUAUUAACAAGAUGACUGUUGGGAAAAAUACGACACACGUUGGUGUUAUGCAAUAUGGAUCAACUGGCCGAGUUAUUCAUUCGUCCCGGCUAGCUACAGAAAACUUGAGAAGUCAAGUAAGCGAACAAAUCUCCAAGAUGGUUUAUAUGAGAGAAACGGGACGUGACUCGAAUUUGGCUUAUGCUUUGUCCGUUGCGAGUGAUACGCUGCUUAACCCUCAAAUUAAAGAUCGUGAAGGUGUUACAAAAACUAUCGUUUUAAUAACAGAUGGUGAUAUUUCGGAAUUUUCUGAAGUUAAUGCCGUGGCUCAAACUGUACGCAAUCGCGGAAUUCGCAUCAUUGCCUUGUCGAAUGGCAUAAACAGCAAAUAUGAAACAUUUGUAGCGUCACUACGAUUAAUCGCUUCAGGCCCUAAGGAAUAUUACAGAUUGGACAAUUCACAGUUCAAUGAAGUUCUCAAAGAGCUGCAAAAGACUGUGUGCAUCUCGGAACCACUGAUCCCAGAUACCUGUUUUUCCCAGAGAAGGCGGGUGUUUUUCGCGCUUGAUAGUUCGUCAGGACGGGGCAGGAAGAAGUUCAAAGAGGUGAAAUCAUUCGUGGAAAAUUUGGUAAAGAAACUUCAGAUUGGUUUGUCAGAUGGUCUGGUUGGUUUCAUGCAGUAUGAUGAUCUCACGACUGCAAGAGGUCGUGUUGUGUUCAGGCGAAAUGAAACGGUCAGCAAAACUUUGUGGCGCAUUCAAAAUAUGGAAUAUCGCAAGGGACAACGGAGCUAUCUUGGAAAUGCGUUAAGAAUUAUAAAUAACGAGGUAUUUCGAAAUGGCGCCGACCGUCACGAGGGAUACAAGGAUUUACUCGUUAUCAUCGCUCACAAAGAAAUCAUAGACGCACAGGUAGCCUUCGACGAAGCUGAGAAACUUAAAGACAAAGGCGUUGAAAUAAUCUCAAUAGCCACUGGCAACCGGAAGACGAUAGAGAGAGUAAAGAGUCAGUUGCAAGUUAUCUCAACAACAUCGACCAACACACAUUCGGCCGACUACACGUCACUAUGGGCUUCACUCGAAGAUGUCCUGGUUAAUGUCUGUGGUCUUGGGCAGUGCACUUCAUUCAUGGCGAAAUCGUGUACUCCAAAGAAACAAGACAUCGCGUUUCUCAUUGACAGUUCAAGAAGUAUUGGAGCCGUGAACUAUCGUCGACUGCAAAGAUUCACUCGACGUCUAGCCUCAAGACUGGACCUCGAGGAAGGUAGAACGCAUCUUGGUGUGAUGCAAGUCGGAGGUCGCAAAGAAUCGCGUUUCCAGUUCAACAUGGGUGAAUUUCCUGACCGUAGUGAUGUCCUCUAUAUGAUUAAAGACAUGACCUACAUUGACAGCAAAUAUACGUAUAUGGGUGAAGGUCUGAAAAGAAUACGAGAAGAGGUUUUCAACAACCGUGGUAGGGAUCGUCCUGAGAUUCCUAACACUCUCGUAAUCUUCGCAGACGGGCACUCUCACGACGCAGACGACAUGUUGAGGGAGUCGGAAUUAUUGAAAGCUAAUGGAGUAACGAUUCUGGCAGUCGGUUACGGUCAAAAUGCGUCUUUGGAGAGAUACGGAAAGAAAAACCUAAUUAGGAUGGCAACAAAUCAUAGGGAUGUUUUCAGCAUUGAUUUUCAAAAUAAUGACUUAAAACUGGAAGAGAAAAUUGAAGUGAUUGCUAAACAUCUGGUGAAAGUAGACUGCCCAAGAGGAGCUCACCCUCCUGUGCAUUGUACCCAGGGAUCAGUCGAUCUUUUCCUUCUCGUCGAUGGCUCACGAAGUAUCACGGCAGAAAACUUCAAAUUUGUUCGAAAAUUUUUGAGAAAGCUGACCGCAGAGUUCGACAUCAGUGAGAAUGCGGCACAUGUCGGAUUAUUGCAGUUCAGUGACCAAAAAUCAAUGAGUUACGAAUUUGCUCUGAAUGAAAUGAACAGCAACAGGCAAGUGAGAAAAGCUAUCAAACACAUGAAAUACCAAGCUGGCUCAAGAACGGAGACUGGGGACGCCUUACGAAUUGUUAACAAAUUUAUUUUCAAUCAUCGUAACGGCGACAGGCCCGAUGUGGCAGAUGUUUUAAUCAUAUUUACAGACGGCGAGGCACACGACUUCGAGGUCGCUAAAAAACACGCUCAAGAGAUGAAGAAGAGAAACAUUCGCAUUAUUACGAUUGCGGCCGGCCCUGAUGCGAAGAAUCCUAAGGCAGCACUUGUGAAACAAAUGGAAGCUCUCGCGAGCGACCCGCUCAACGUGUACACUGUCGAUUUCUCUGAACUCAACGACAUUGUGGACAGAUUAAUAGACAUUGAUUGCUCUAUAGUGCCGGCAGGGAAAAAGUUAAGAUAAAAUGCGAGAGAACCAUGUAUAGCGACGUCUCGCGGGACACACGGGCGAUGUCAUUUAUAUUCAUACUUGUACCAUAUAUAAAGCGUACAUUUGCGCGAAGAUAUAAAGUUGAUAACAGUAAGGAAUAGAAACUGUAACUACCUAAAACCAUGUAAUGGUGUACGUAGCAAGAGAAAUAAAGCCCGUAAUAUUGAUUCUUGGAA